GUGAGAGUGACGUCACGCGCGCGUCUGGCGUCUGGGCCCGGGGUUCGCGCGUUGGCCGUCGCUCGUGGUUGCUGUCUCCCGGAGUGUCGCUGUUUCUGUCGCGGCCCUGCGGCCGGUGAGGGUUACAGCAUGUACCACAGCAGCAGCCAGAAGCGGCACUGGACCUUCGCUAGCGAGGAGCAGCUGGCGCGCCUGCGGGCGGACGCCAACCGCAAAUUCAAGUGCAAAGCUGUGGCUAACGGGAAGGUUCUUCCAAAUGAUCCAGUGUUUCUUGAGCCUCAUGAAGAAAUGACACUUUGCAAAUACUAUGAAAAAAGAUUAUUGGACUUCUGUUCAGUGUUUAAACCAGCUAUGCCACGGUCUGUUGUGGGUACAGCUUGUAUGUAUUUCAAGCGUUUUUAUCUUAAUAACUCAGUAAUGGAAUAUCACCCUCGGAUAAUAAUGCUUACUUGUGCAUUUUUGGCCUGCAAAGUGGAUGAAUUCAAUGUGUCUAGUCCUCAGUUUGUUGGAAAUCUCCGAGAGAGUCCUCUUGGACAGGAAAAGGCACUGGAACAGAUUUUGGAAUAUGAGCUACUACUUAUACAACAACUUAAUUUUCACCUUAUUGUCCACAAUCCAUAUAGACCAUUUGAAGGCUUCCUCAUUGAUAUAAAGACUCGAUACCCCAUGUUGGAGAAUCCGGAGAUUUUGAGGAAAACAGCUGAUGAUUUUCUUAGUAGAAUUGCAUUGACAGAUGCUUAUCUUUUAUACACACCUUCACAAAUUGCCCUGACUGCCAUUUUAUCAAGUGCCUCUAGGGCUGGAAUUACUAUGGAAAGCUAUUUAUCAGAGAGUCUAAUGCUGAAAGAAAACAGAACUUGCCUGUCACAGUUACUGGAUAUAAUGAAAAGCAUGAGAAACCUCGUAAAAAAGUAUGAGCCACCCAGGUCUGAAGAAGUUGCCGUUCUGAAACAGAAGUUGGAGCGAUGUCAUUCUUCUGACCUUGCACUUAAUGUGGUUACGAAGAAGAGGAAAGGCUAUGAAGAUGAUGACUAUGUAUCAAAGAAACCCAAACAGGAAGAGGAGGAAUGGACUGAUGAUGACCUGAUUGAUUCUCUCUAACCAUGAUAAAUGACUGCAGCAACACUGAUUAACCGACGGAAGUUAAAUGUUUGACAUUUUACUUUUAAAAAAAAAAAGUUGUACAAUGUGAAAACAUCAAAAUAUAUUAAACUUUUCUAGUUGUUGUAUA